AUGGCUCCUCAUAUGCCCGCCUCACAUCGUCCCCGCAAGAAGAGAAAGUUCGCGACUUCCCCGGGCUCCAACAAUAAUCUCAUAUUGGACAAAGGUGAUGGAAAGCAAUACCCGGCAUUCCCGCUAGUCUCUUUCCUCUGGGGUGCUCGCGCAGGAGUCUCACUAUGGCUGGUUCUUCCUCUGAUUCUCAUGGUCGUUGGCCUGUUCCGCUGGGCUGUGAGCUUAUGGGGAUACUCUGGCUUCCAGGUUCCCCCGAUGCACGGUGAUUUCGAAGCGCAAAGGCAUUGGAUGGAGAUUACCACACAUCUACCAAUCGCCAAGUGGUAUCUUUACGACCUACAGUACUGGGGCCUUGACUACCCACCCUUGACCGCGUAUCACAGCUGGCUACUUGGCAAAAUUGGCUCUGUCGUGGAACCAGCGUGGUUCGCCCUAGAUAGCUCUCGAGGCACGGAAGAUCCUCAUUUGAAGGUUUAUAUGCGUGCAACCGUCGUCGUAUCCGAGUAUUUGGUGUUCAUUCCUGCCGUCGUCAAUUUUUUGCGCCGUUUCACUCGCAUGCAGGGUGUCCACGCUUGGUCCGCCUCAAUUGUUCUUGCAGCAGUUCUCCUUCAACCGGCCAAUAUUCUGAUCGACCACGGCCACUUCCAGUAUAACACCGUCAUGCUGGGAUUGGUGGUCGCGAGCUUGGACGCUAUAUUGGCUGGGCGCAUGCUAUGGGCCUGUAUCUUCUUUGUAGGUGCGUUGGGAUUCAAGCAAAUGGCGCUAUACUAUGCCCCGGUCAUGUUUGCUUACCUGCUUGGUGUCUGCGUUUUCCCUCGAAUUCGUAUUUUGCGUCUCCUGAACAUCUCCCUCAUCACAUUAGCUGCUUUUGCCUUGCUGCUAGCUCCGCUUCUGGUCGGUGCCUCCAAUGAGGAAGCCCGAAAGGUGUUCGCAUCUUCCCCCGUGCCACCCUUGUUCCAGGCAAUCCCUAUCUCUCUUGACAAGAGCUCUGUGCUCUAUGGGCUGCUAUUCCAGCUGAUGCAAAUCAUCCACCGCGUAUUCCCCUUCGCGCGCGGCCUUUUCGAAGACAAAGUUGCCAACGCUUGGUGUGCCAUCCACACUUUCUAUAAGCUCACUCGCUUUGAUACUACCCUGCUUCAACGGGCAUCUCUCAUUGCUACUUUGGGGUCUAUCAUUGUCCCCUGCGCUAUCAUUUUCCGUCAUCCUCGAGCUUCGCUUCUGCUUCCUGCUCUUUCUUGUGUCUCAUGGGGCUUCUUCUUGUUUUCCUUCCAAGUGCAUGAGAAGAGUGUCCUCUUACCUCUGCUUCCAAUGACACUGCUGCUCGCCGGUGACGGUGGUUUGAGCAAAGAAAACCGCGCCUGGGUUGGCUGGGCCAAUGUACUUGGCUCCUGGACCAUGUAUCCUCUUCUCAAGCGCGACGAGCUUCAUGUUCCCUACUUCGUCAUGACCUUUCUUUGGGCCUAUCUCCUUGGCCUUCCACCUACUUCUUUCGAGACUUACCGCAGUCGACCAAACGUGGAAAACUCCAGUACUCAUCUUGAACCUAAUUUUUUCACCACGCUCUUGCAUUACGCUUUCUAUCUUGCCAUGAUUGCCUGGCAUGUUGUUGAGGCAUUUGUUCCCUCACCGCCAGGCAAACCAGACCUAUGGGUGGUCUUGAACGCCCUGAUUGGAGCCGGUGGGUUCGGAAUUGCCUACUUGUGGUGUAUGUGGAAGCUAUUUACCCAAUGCCGCCAAAUCGAUCGUCAAGCGGCAGAGGAGCAUAGCCAAAAGAAAAAGCAAUAA